ACGUAAACAUGGGGAGGGGCCGCGCCGUUUUUCAGGCUUGUGAUUGGCUAGUGUAGAAACGUCACGAUUGAAGCCGCUGUCAACUGUUCUUUUCUGAGAAAACAGGAGUUUCUUUUCCGCUAAAAGAAAGCAUGGCUAACAGUGGACAGGCUAACCGGGAGCUGACCGAGGUGCUAAAUCAACUCUGGCACCUGGAUAGUAACCGUCUAAAGCCCGGGACUGAUUACAGAAUCUCCCUUCAAGGGAAGGCGGGUUAUGUGGCUCCGGGCAGUAACUCCGCCAAAGAUCUGGCCAAAGCUCCUCUCUUUGCGUACGUGAAUGAAGAAAAACUAAAGAACAUUAAGACGUAUGCUCAUUUUAUCAGCUUGCUGGACAACUACGAGAUGUCUACAGGCGUGUCAGAGACAGUCACGUCUGAGGAGCUUCAAGAGAAUCGGCUCUUUAUUGAUGCCAUCAUGGAGACUGAGGUCAUGAAGUGUGCUCACAAAUAUCUGGUAAAGAAAGGCCAGUCGCCUGCAGACCUGGGAAAGUUCAAGAGACAGCUGUAUGACACGUGGUUCCGGCUCUACCACAGAGACAGGAGUGGAGGGGAGGAUUCUUGUGGCUUUGAGCACGUUUUUGUUGGAGAGACCAAACAUGGCAAGGAGAUCAUGGGUCUGCACAACUGGGUGCAGUUCUACCUGCAAGAGAAGCACGGCCAUGUGGAUUACAAAGGCUACAAAGCCAGGGACAAAAAAAACACACCUGAUGAGGAUGACCAUGUUCUGAACCUGCAGUUCAGUUGGAAAGGUCUGGUAAAGCCUGUCGGCAGCAGCUUCAUCGGCAUCAGCCCAGAAUUUGAGGUCGCUCUGUUCACCAUCAUCUUCCUCAUGUCGUCUGAGAAGAUGACUUCAGUGGUGGUGAAAGUGGACGAGUACAUGCUGGAGCUGGUGGUCUGUCGUCAUGGCAGCUCUAUUGGUACAUCCUACCCUAAACUGCUCAGCAGCAACAACAGGGAUUUGUAGUCUUACAGCCAUCCUGAAGGAAAUACUGUCAUAUUUCACUCUAAUCAUUAAACAAAGAGUCAGUUGUUUUAUUUACACUAAAGGUCCUGCUUUAAAUCUCUCUUAGCCAGAUGUUGACUGAUAAAGGUGGAUUAAUGUUAAUUAAUCAGAUAUGCUGCCACCUAUUACAGGAUAUGUACAUGUAUUUGUUACAAAAUAGAUAUUCCUCUCAUUUGUGCUCAACUUGUAAGAAUAUUUAAGCCAGAACGGUUAGUUUUUGAAAUACAUUUUUUUGCAAAGAGAUUUUGAAUUUAAUCUACAUUUGUCUGGCAGAUAAUUUCAUUUGAAGUAUUUUAGAAAAUAAUGUAAGUGGAUUAUUUACUACUUGUUAAAUCAACAAAAGCUAAUUUCAUUGUAUAAAUUUUAUCGUGAUUUGGCACCUGUGA